CAUACCCGCUUCGUGAUGUUACGUACGACGAUCCGUUAUUCGCGAAGAAAGUGCAAUAAUGCGAGGAAGGCAUGUACAAGACUCUCUGUAAUUCAACGCCAAUAGGAAAACUCAGAAUGCCAAGAUCACAUCGGAAUUGGACGUAUAUUUUCGCUAUUUUAACAGCUUUGGCAAUAUCAUUAGUCAGUGGACAACUUCCAACAUGUGAUAAUUUCAACGGAGGAUGCAGUGAUAUAUGUACGCCCCUGUCCGCGUCGGGCGGGGUAAUAUGCUCUUGUACAGACAACAGGACGAUAGCAAAUAAUGACAGAGUAUGUGUCCCACCAGAUGCCACAGUUUGCAAUGGAGAGACUCAGUUUACAUGUGCCAAUGGCGAGAAGUGUAUAUCCCUCCUUCAGGCGUGUGACAUAUCAGCAGACUGUCCUGACGCUUCCGAUGAGGGCACAAAUUACUGCUACGACCAUAAGUGCGGUGUAGAUCAGUUCACAUGUGCCAACGGACGAUGCAUCUUUUCUCAGUUCAAAUGUGAUUUCUACGACGAUUGCCUUGAUAACAGUGACGAAGAUCAGGCAAUAUGUGCAUUUGUUACAUGUGCCCCAGGAGACUUUGAAUGUGCGAACGGCUUCUGCAUAUCCAACACGACAGUGUGUAACGGUUUUGAUGAGUGUCUAGACGGACAGGCUAGUGAUGAACUCGGUUGCCCGGAGAGAUCGUGUCCACCAGGAACGGUGCAGUGUGAGACCAGUAAUAUCUGUAUUUCACCCCAGUGGGUAUGCGAUGGAUCUAACGACUGUGGGGACAACUCAGACGAAGCCAACAUUUUAUGCGAGGCCAGAACAUGUGCCCCGGACAAUUUCUUGUGCCAAAGCGGUAAAUGCAUCCCAGGAGCUUGGUUCUGCGACGGAGAGGCCGAUUGUCCUGAUCGUGACGACGAAGUCCAAGACAUUUGCACCUCUCCCAAUUUCACGUGUCAUUCCGGUCUCUUUACCUGUGACGAUGGCACCUGUAUCACCGAACAGUGGGAAUGUGAUGGGAUCCCAGAAUGCCCCGAUAAGUCAGAUGAAUACCGUGCAUGCCCGGAAUAUGUUUGCCCUGAGAACUUCUACAAAUGUGAUCAGAAGAAGCAUCUCAAGAACCGGUGCAUCCCCGUGUCAGCUGUAUGUGACGGAGAGAUUGAUUGUGCCAUGGGGGAUGAUGAAUUCCAGAACUGCACUAUACGCACUUGUGAGCCGGAGGAGUUUGCUUGUCGGAAUGGUCUUUGCAUCAGGGAUGUUUUUCUAUGUGACCAUGAGAACGACUGCGGAGACCAGUCAGACGAAGGAUCAGCAUGCAAUUACACUCGAUGUGAUCCAGAUGAUGAAUUCACGUGUAACAAUGGUCGGUGUGUCAUGGCGUCAUGGAGAUGCGAUGAACAGAAUGAUUGCAGAGAUAACUCAGAUGAAACGGGGUGUGGUGAUGAGCAAUCUACGUGUGCAGCAGGAGAAUACAUGUGUGGGGAUGAGGAGUGCAUCCUGCAAGAACUAGUUUGUAAUAACGAAGUCGAUUGCAGCGACGGUUUGGAUGAAUACCGCUGUGGUGUGAACGAGUGUGAGAACAACGCCACAGGGUGCCAGCAUGAUUGUGUGAACACGGCAAACAGCUACUACUGUACCUGUGACACUGGUUUCCGGUUAAACCCUGAUAGAAGAACUUGUGCCGAAAUUGACGAGUGUUCGGAUAUGCCAGAGCUCUGUAGUCAGGUUUGUGAGAACACAGUUGGAUCCUACCUCUGCAAGUGUGUUGACGGCUAUACACUUGAGACUGAUGGAAAAUCGUGUAAACACAACUCAGGAAUCGACCCUCUGAUAAUCUUCAGCAACUCUUACUACGUUCGAUCGCUCUCACUCGAUGGGCGUGAUUACAAUCUCAUCGCAGACGACUUCCAAGGCGCAGUCGCUCUCGACUUCGACUACAGAGAAGGUCGUCUCUUCGUACUGGACGUCUUCCGGGCGCACAUCGUUCGUAUGUGGAUGAACGGAACGGAUCGUGAGGUCAUCAUCGACGACUUCGUGAACGGUGGAGAGGGGAUGUCCGUGGAUUGGGUUGGAAGGAAGCUGUACUGGGUGGACAGUGUGAACGACGUAAUGGAGGUAGCUGAGCUGGAUGGGAGUCAGAGAAAGACCCUGGUCUACACCGGUAUGGACCAACCGAGGGCUGUGGUGGUCAACCCUAAACAUGGAUACGUCUACUGGACAGACUGGGGUCUUGAUGCCCAUAUUGGACGUGUGGGCAUGGAUGGCACGGAUAAGACCCGUAUCCAUGACAACAAGAUGGUCUUCCCCAAUGGUCUGACCAUAGACUACGCUGCAGAGAGGUUGUAUUGGUGCGAUGCUCAUCUCAAUCAUAUAGGAUUUUCUAAUCUGGACGGCACAAACCUUCACCUCGUGAUAACGCGCGGCACACCGCUGGCGCACCCGUUUGCUCUCUCCAUAUUUGAGAACUACGUUUACCUGACGGAUUGGAACCACAGGACCGUGCAUCGGGUGAACAAGCUGACGGGUCGAAACGGAAUGGAUUACCUGGAAACCCUUCAGCUUCCCAUGGACAUACACAUCUACCAUCCACUUCGACAGGAUCAAACUCUCGUUAACCCCUGCGGAAACAACAACGGGGGCUGUUCACACAUGUGCCUCAUUGCCCCUGGUGGGCAGACCUUCACGUGUGCUUGUCCGGACAGCUUUGUGCUUGACCGGGACCGUGUCACCUGUCUGGUGGACUGCUCUUCUAACCAGUUCGCGUGCGCUAACCAGGAGAAAUGCAUCCCGUUGUCAUGGCGAUGUGAUACGGAGGCUGAUUGCACCGAUGGGUCUGACGAGCCGACGGAUUGUCCGACACGAUACUGCCCAGACAGGACCUUCCAGUGCGACGAUACGGCCUGUGUUUCCUCCACCGAACUCUGCAAUGGAGAGGCCAAUUGUUUGGAUGGAUCGGACGAAGUACACUGCAAUAAUACAGUAUGUCAGCCAUGGGAAUUCCGAUGCAGGACGGGAUCAUGUAUCAACCAUGUUCUUGCUUGUAAUGGUGAAGAUGACUGUCCGGAUAGCUCUGAUGAAGUACAGGACGUGUGUGCUGAAAGAGAAUGUUCCGAAGGAUAUUUCCAGUGUGGUACAGGAUAUUGCAUCCCACAAACAUGGGUGUGUGAUCUGGACAAUGAUUGCGGAGAUGCAAGCGAUGAACCUCUACGAGAGUGUCAGUCCCAAACAACCUGCCCUACCGGUUGGUUCUCCUGCGUGUCCAACUACCGUUGUGUCCCGUCCUGGUCCUUGUGCAAUGGCUAUGAUGAUUGCCGUGAUAACUCUGAUGAAGAACAAUGUGACACUGCCACCUGUGAGGUUGGUGAAUUCCAGUGCACCGAUGGAGGUUGCGUCCCUCAACGUUGGGUGUGUGACUUUGACAAUGACUGCGGAGAUAAUUCAGAUGAACAAGCUUGUACUUUCAGGCAGUGUUCAGAGAGCGAGUUCCGUUGCCUUUCCAACAAGUGCAUCCCGUCUAGAUUUGUCUGUGACUUCGAGGAAGAUUGUCCUGGUGGAGAAGAUGAGGUUGCUUGCCCGGAACGAAUGUGCUACUUCCCAACCCAGUUUCAGUGUGACAGUGGCCACUGUAUUGACGAGCAGUUUGUGUGUGAUGGAACUAGCCAAUGCCAAGACUCAUCUGAUGAAGUCAACUGUCCUACCCGUCUACCUCAAGGGUUGUACUGCUACCCCAACCAGUUCACCUGUGAUGAUACGGUUUGUCUCCCUCUUGAUUGGCGGUGCGAUGGGACGGAUGAUUGCCCGGACGGCAGCGAUGAGACCCUGUCUCUAUGCUCCUCUAUACCGUGUGAUCCAGAAGAAAGAUGGCGUUGUGACAAUGGAUUCUGCAUACCUCGCAGUGGUCUCUGCGAUGGCGUCGAUACAUGCGGUGAUGCUAGUGAUGAAAACAACCACGAUUUCUGUGAGGAGGUGAGGCAGUGUACAACAGAGGAAUUUAAGUGUAUCAACAAGAACUGUAUCCCUCAGGAAUAUGUGUGUGAUCUUGAAGACGAUUGUGGAGACCAAUCAGAUGAAUAUGGCUGCUACGAUUCUGGUAGUUGUGCGGAAAACAAUGGCGGCUGUCAGGAGCAAUGCAAUGAGUUGGAUAUGGGCUAUUACUGCUCAUGCGCAGAUGGACAUCAGCUAGCUGAAGAUAGAACAGGAUGUGAAGAUAUUGAUGAGUGCUUGGACAACCCGUGUCAACAGCAGUGUUCUAACACGAAGGGGUCCUAUGAAUGUACCUGCUCUGAGGGAUACGUUGAUGAUGGGGUCAUCUUAAGAGGUCAAGACUGCAAGGCUGUAGGGGCCAGACCGCAGUUCUUCUUUGGUGAGGAUGAUGAGGUCCGUUACUAUGACGACGCAACAAAGAACUAUGGAGUACUUCUCACCACACAAGGGAUCAUCCGGUCCCUCGAUUAUAAUUUUGAUAGAGGUGUGGUCUACUGGAUAGACCCUGCUAUCCCAGGCCUGAUGCGAGCCUACAUACCAACCAGUGAUGAGUCUGCAGUACCCGAUGAACUACCACUGUUAAAUGUCUACCGCCCUCAGGAGUUGGCUGUAGACUGGUUUGGAGGAAACCUUUACUGGACCGACCUGGGUGAGGAGUCAGAGGAAGGUGAUAAUAUCGAAGCUAGAAGGAAGAAGAGGGACGGCCAUCACCCCUCCCUCUCCAUCUCCACGGCAACGCUUGAUGGGCGUUACCGUCGUGCUCUGGUGGAGGAUGGUAUCGAGAUGCCAUCCGCCCUAGCCGUCAACCCACGCAUGGGAAUCCUCUAUUGGUCAGACAUCGGUUCCACGCCCAAAAUUGAGAUGGUCUGGAUGAAUGGCGAUGGACGUCAGGUCCUUGUGGACACUUCGAUCGAGAUGCCGACUGGUUUGGCCAUCGACUUUGCCAACAAUGACAUGGUAUACUGGUGUGAUCAAAGCAGGAACGCCAUCGAGUCAAUGAACUGGGAUGGAAGCAACAGGAAGGUCUUGAGAGCAGCUUCGACCUUGAACAGGCCCAGACAGUUGGAUGUCUUUGAGGCUAACAUCUUCUUCACUACCGCUGCACUGGGCGCUGAGGGGGAGAUCCGUCGACUGGACAAGCUGGGACGUGGUGUCUCCGUCACUGAGAUCCCCAACAUCAAUGAACCAAGCGGUCUGAAGCUUUACCAGGAACAGAGAUACAACCUCAACGACGUUGUCAAUCGUUGUGAGGAUAGCCCGUGCAGCCAUAUUUGUUUCCUGAUACCUGUCAGAGAUGGUAGCACACGGACUAGAGGAUUCGCAUGUGGAUGCCCGGAUGGUGACUCCUUCCAGACUGGCAGCUCAACAAUAUGCAUGAGCGCCACUGUUGAGCCACGACCUCUCCCUGAGCCGAUCCCUAACUGCCCCUGUCUCAAUGGAGGAGUGUGCCUGGAUGAUGGAACUUGCGAGUGUAGAGAUGGAUGGACCGGAGAAAACUGUGCAGCUCAGGCAUUGAAGCAAGAGGGACUAAAUGCUGGAGCGACGGCCGGUAUAGCAGUAGGUUGUGCAGUUGUGGUUCUUAUCGUGGCAAUAGUCGUCUUUGUUAUUAUCAGGAAAAGAACCGGAAUCGUGAAAACACCAAAGAGAGAGGGACACGUGACUUACAGGACAGGAACCAAUGUCGAGCUACCUUUCCAGGAAUAUGAAGCCCCUGACCAAUCUUCAUUUGAGAACCCUAUCUUUGCCAACAUGAACGGCAACGCAGAGGAAAACAUUUACAUGAACGACGAUGACCUUGCCGCCGAGGGCUACUACGACCCCAACACCGGGCUUGAGAAGCCUCCCCUAACCUCCGGGCCCGACGAUGCAGUGUACCUCCCCGAGAAGAUGGGGAUACCAGAGGGUGGGAUCGAUGCCUAUGCCAUCCCUCCUCCACCGGACGACCUCCCUCCUCCCCCUCCUGAGUUUCAGUUUGGAGGAGAGGGGAUGAACGGGGAUGCAAGGAUGGUCCCGCUACCAGACAUGGACCUGCAGACCCCACCCACGUCUCCAACCUUUAGUCCAACCGAAGGGGAGGGGGAGCAAAACACGCUAGUCGUUUGUGAUUAUGAAUGUUGAUUAGAUCUAAUCUUGUCCAAUAUUGAGAGCCAGAUAGACAUUAAGUCCAUAGACUCUUAAUGAAGUGAACGUCCUUUCGAUUCUCAACUAGGAAUAUGCCUGCAAAGACUUAAUCAGUCAUGGAUUUGAACUGAACUAUUACAUACAUGCAUUCAUACUUUUAGAUAAAUUAUUCAUAUCCAUCAUAAAUGCACCUUUUUAAACAUCUAGCUUCAAAUUUGUCAUAUAUUGCUUGUUAUCCUGAAUCAUCAAAAAGUUAUUGUCCUUCGAAGAUGAUUCAUGAAUUAUUCAAACUUUCCAAGUUCAUUCUUCCGAUAAAUUCUAAUUUGUCCAUGUUAAUAUAUUUUAGACAGCACUAACUCAUCAUUAAAAUAUGUAUACCUUGUGGCCUUUACUAUUUUAUCUCUACAUAGACUUUAUAUCAUGAACAAUCAAUUAGUUCUGCGAUGGCAAUGAGAAGUCUCUUUGCAUUUCAAGUUUUAUCUUCAGACAUGCUGUCACUCUCAUUUAGGAUUCAUCUUGUAAUGUUUAAAUAAGCUAUUUUAUAAUGACCAAUAAUCGGUCAGGUUAUAUCAAGUUUAGAAGAUUUCACCCCGAGUUAAAUUUAGAUGUAUGUAAUAAAGAUUGACUUCCUUUCCUUUUUAUUGGACAUUCCGAUGUACUUUCCCUCGAUUCAGAUAUGCAUCUUGAAUUCAUCGAAAUACUGCUACCAAAGAAGUUUUAGAAAUUGCUGAUGAUACCAUACAUGCACUUUGUCUUGGAUUUUAUGGGAUUUAUGUUCGUCUCAGCUGAAAUCGUGCUUUACAGUGAAAAACAUUUUUAUGAAUUGAUACAGAAGUUCUUCCAUUUAAUGUGAUAUUAGCUGUGAUGAAAACACUUACAAGUAGCAUUUGCUUUAGGCAGAAAAAGACGAUCAUUUUUAUAAACAUGUCAUGGUUUUGAUUCUUGAAUAUUUUUAUAUUGUUAUGGAAUUUUUUGUGAAUCUAAAUUUCAAUGUUCUUUACAUCAUAUAACCUCUAUCUUUCCUAUUAAUCAAUAAGAACGAUCAUUAGUUUUUGUAAGAAGAUGAACAUUGGGAUUGUAAAUGUGUGUGUUAGUUUAUGUAUCAUUGUGUCUAUUUCAAUGUGGUAAACAAAUCAUUUAAGAAUUUUAUUUUUAAAAGAUGAUAAUUACCUCUUUUGAAAGCCGGAAGGGCAUCAAGUCUGUGUGAAAGCUAUCAAUUAAUGCUCUUUUGGCUCUUGACAGAUGGUACCAUCUUUGUCUGUCUGUAUGUCUGUCUGUUUGAAUGUAUGUAUCUCACAUGUCUAGAAAACGGUAGCUAUGCAUACUGGUGAGCCAUGACUUUGACACGAGCAAUG